AUGGGCCCUCGGCGCUGCUCUGGCUUUGCGACCGACGACGGGAUCGUCAUCGAGUGCUGCUUCAAUCCGUGGGAGAAGGGCAAGCGCGCGCAGGGCAAGUUCGAGGGGAAGUGUCAGUGGUGCUCUCCCAUUCGCAUGGCAACCAUCUGCGCGACGCCGCAGCAGUCCAAGCUGACCGCGCACAGCCUGGCGAACCUGCACAAGCUUGACAUCGGCAUCUACGACAUGGCCGUGGAGCGGGCGAAGAUGCACGAGAGGGGCGAUCAGCUCAUUGCCCGCGCUGUCGGCAUAAUCUCGGAGCGCUCGCAGGUGGGCGUGCCGCCACCGCCGCCAAUCGAGGGUGACCAGGGCAACGUGGUCUCGCAGCCCGCCGAGGAGGAGAUUCCUGCUGCCAUGGAGCCCGACGAGACGCCAGCGCCUCUGCGAGGGAACCCAGGGCAGCCCGCGCGCGUGGUGAAGGCCGACAAGCACUUGUGCAGCUGGUGCGAUCCGCAGAGGCUCCGUGGCAUGCAGACAGAGAAGCGCAGGGGCGUGCUGAAGCAGCUAGAGGCAUUCCACGAGAAGGACGAAGCCGUAUUUGCCAAGGCCGAGGCAAUCCUGAAGGACGUCUUCGGGGACAACUACGUGGCGCAGAUGAAGAAGAAGACUGUCCGGCAGAACCAGCAGGCGGCAAAAGCUCGGAGGCGCACUGGCGAGACGGACUGGCCGACGAAGCUGGCGAAGCGGCGGCUGGCGAUGGAGAGCCCGACGGUCGACGAGGAAGCUCGGAAGAAGUUCCGCAAGCUAACCCUGGCGGACUUGAAGAAGGUCGAGAACUCGUUCUACAAGGACACAGCCGAGCGAAAGAUGCGCGGUCGCGCCGACGAGGUCCCAAAGAGCAAAGACUUGGAGCCGCCGAUCGGCGAAGCAGGCUUCAGUGAUCAGUCGAAGGGGCUGCGGUCCUGGGCCGCCAAGGGCUCGUGGGGCAUCUGCAAGGAGUGCCAUGUUUUGCAGCCGCGGCCCAUGCACGAGAUCGAUAUGUUCCUCGACGCCAGCGAGGAGAUCUCGAAGAGCGCCUGUCGCCGCUGCAACGCCUCUCGCGAGAUGUACGUCCCGCUGCCUGAUGACGUACCAGGGCCACUCCGCGGCCUGUCAGAGGAGAUCGUCGAAGCCCUCCGGCCCAUCGAGAUCGACGUCGGCCCCGAGACGCGCUCCACCGACGCGUUCGGCCGCCCGAACGGCUACCGCAAGAAGGUGAAGAUGAUCACGUUCUAUUUCUCGAAGUGGCACGUGAAGGGCAAGAUCCACGAGUUGGAUGGGGAUGCGCGGCGGACGGCAAAGAAGGCGCACAAGUACUUGCUGGACUGCGAAGAGUCCUCGUACAAGCGGUUCCACGACAUGCACGAGAAGUUCCUCCGCAAGCAGGGCGAGGACGCUGCCGACAGGAAGCGCAAGCGCCCAUAUCAUUUCCUGCAGGAGGUCGGGUUGGAGUGCGCUCUCUGGCCAAACCUGCACUGGUGCACCGAGAUGACGGAGACGCACGAGCAGUGGUCCGACGCGAGGCGCGAGGAGAGGCGCGACGCCCAGGAGGCCAAGAAGAAGAAGGCAAAGUACGGCUACGACUCGGACGCCGAGGAAGACGAGGGCGGCGGCGGCGGAGGCCAGCGCACCAGCGUCAAGCGGUCGUUCAUGACCAAGUGCCUCUCGCCGCUGCUUGGGUACGGAUCCAAUUUCGAGCUGCUCCAGUUCGUGUGCGACCUGAACCUCUGGGCGACGCUCGGUGCGAAGAAGAACCUGGGCCUCGACAACGUGCCGAUGCGGAUGCUCAUGAAGGGCCAUGUGGGCUUCCCAAAGCUGUUCUUCACCAUUGCGCCGUGGGAGCCGUGCUUCAAGUACCACGACUGGCUGCGCGAUGAGAUGGAGAAGACACUGAUCGUCCGAGGCAUGCUGGCGGGCAAUAACAACCAGAAGAUGGACCGCAGCGACCGCAGCUGGACAAAGCACGUGUUCGCCGCGAAGGACGCCGACGGCAGACAGGUUCGCGCCCAGAGUUUCACGCGGCUGGAGUUCCAGGACGGCAGCCGCAAGGAGGGCACGAAGCGCUACGACGGCUCCGGCCGACCGCACCUGCACGUCCUCUUCUUCGCGGACGACGACGCCAUGGCGAACAUGGGAUUGGGGCAUCACCUCUUUGCGACCAAGCCCGACGGCUUCUCGGACGACCUGAAGGGCUACGUGGACGGAUCGCAGCUCAACAAGCACGGCGACGCAGAGAGCAAGUGGCCGAUUUACCAAGGCCCGUCGGAGGUUCAUGGCGACGAUGGCGUGGUCCAGUUGAAGCACACCGAGGAGGACCACGACGCGGGACUGCGAGCGUACUGCGCUGACGUGAUGGACGGGCUCCCUUGCCAUCAGGACUGGCAGACCAGCGACGGGGAGGCCAUGCUCUUGCAAUACGUUUCCAAGUAUGUGGCGAAGUUCUCGGACAGCAGCUACGACGAGUGGAUGAGCGACAAGGCCUCCGCGGACAGCGUGGCCAGGCGCGUCUGCUUCGAGUACCACCCCUACGAGCCAGAGAUGAUCCAGCAGCUGUGUGGAGCGCAAUUCAGACAGUACGACAUCUCUACGGUCAGCGGCGGCUUCCGCACCGUGACGGCGCCUUACUCGGGCAUGGCGGAUGUGCCCGACUGGGUCCAGAGGUAUGCUGACUGCUCGUGGCGCCAUGAGGGCAUGACGCUCUUGGAGUGGCUUCGGAAGACUACUGACGACGGCGCCAUCGCUGGGUGGCUCAAGCGCAAGCACAAGCAAGAGGUGGUGUUGGCCCUGUACAGGCGGUACCGCGCGACCGUGCGCGACGGCGAGGAGCCGCAGGCGCUCGACGCUCACUGGCGCUUCCUGCGCGCUGAGUACAAAGGCACGGCCGAUGCUGAUGGCGGAGGUGGCGGGAGCAGUCACGAAGACGACGGCGCCGAGGACGAGGAGCAGCCGAAGACCUUCGAGGCGUUCCUUGCGAAGAAGCACAGAGACGAAAAGAGCGAGGGCGAGGGCGACUUUCCGAACCUCAAGGAGUUCGCGCGAGCCUACCGCAUGCAGGGCGAGAAGGUGGCCAGCGUCGACACGGUAUACGAGCUCAACGACCGCUACUACGGCCAGUGGGCUGGCCGCGUCGCUGAAGAGCACCAUGACUUGUUCACCGAUGACAGGCGGCUCGUGGACUACAUGAGCGCUUCCGCGAAGUCCAGCAAGUUCACCGAGGCUGUGCAUCGCAUGAUCGUGGGGCAACGGAAGCUGGUCAACAUGUACCUGACGGGCAUCAUCGACAAGGCCGACGAGAAGGCCGCGGCCGACGCCGAGGCCGCGGUCAUCGGCAACCGCAGGCCAGCGCGCGGCGAGGGCGACGAGGAGGUCGAGUUCAACCCCAAGCAGCUGCAGCUGGAGGAGGCGAUCAACGAGCGCGUGGACCGUGCCGUGCGGGCGGAGCUGUCGGAGGACUGGGAGGAGGCGGACGAGGCGCGCGAGGAAGCCUACAAGAAGAACACGCCCGUCAUCUGCCUUGGGAAGCCUGGGACGGGGAAAACGACCGUGGUCAAGUCUUGCAUUCGCCGCGCCCAGGAGCAAGGCGCGCGCGUGCUCUUCGCCCUCCCGACGGCGCAGCUGUCCAGCCGCAUGAAGCAAGCACUGCAAGGCCUGGACGGCUUAACAGUCGAUACGUGCCACGCCGCACUCAAGUUGCAUGAGCCCAUCUCGGAGAGUCUUCACAGGAUGACGGACUUCGACUUGGUAGUGGUUGACGAGGUAUCGCUGCUGAGUUGCGAAAGCUUCGAGCGCAUCCUGAAGCUCUGGAGCGUCGCUGGGAAAGUCCCCGCGCUGGUCUUCCUCGGGGACAAGCACCAACUCCCGGGGGUCGAGCCGACGCGUCCGUGGGAGAGUGCCGCAUGGAAGCAGCCGCGCUGCUUCCACGUGAAGCUCACCGAGACCUGGCGGUGCAAGGAGGAGCGCUUCCAGGAGAUCCUGGACGAGCUUCGGACAGACAAGCCUUCGAAGGAGACGUUCCGCAAGAUUGUGCGCGAUCACAAGGCGUGGAAGAGCAGAGGCGAUCCCACGCCCGCCGAAAUGAAGAAGCUCUUCGAGAAGCACCCAGACACGCGGAUCGUCACCUGCACGCGCAGGGGCGCCGCGGCCGUGAACGAGGCUGCAGCUGCUGCGCUGUACGGCCGCAAGACCCCGCUGGCCACGCUGGACGGCGACGUGGAACUCAACCCCGAGAACUACCUGGAUGGCAAGCUCCGCACGGACCGCAGGCUGGUUCCAAGCAAAGUGCCGAUCUAUAAGGGGAUGAAGUUGUACCUGACGAAGAACAAGAACAAGGAGGCUGACGAGGUCAACGGCAUGCUUUGCGAGGUGGAGAACUACCACGCCGAGGAGGACAUGCUGCGCGUGAUGACGAAGACUGGCCAUCGUCUGGCCAUUACUCGCUGGACCGAUCGCGAGAAGGGCAACGCGGUCUACUUUCCAAUCCGCCUCGGGUACGCCAGCACCAUCGACAAAGUGCAAGGCGACGAGUUCCCCCACAUCACUAUAUACCUGGACGGAUGGCCUCGACCAGCAGCGGGGUAUACAGCGCUCAGCCGUGUCGCGACGUCGGACGACUACCUGAUCGGCGGCUACGUGGAGCGCGAGAACUUCAUUCCCGCGUUCUGA